UUCACUAUUAAAUUCAUAUUCACUAUAUAUUUCAUAUGGAUCCGGAAAACUUAGAGGUGGGACGCAAUGAUGACGAAUCCCAGGAUUCUGAAACAACAAUCCUCAGCUCUGUUAGCAUCAAGCAACAGGAUGACCCUCAAUUUAAGCGGGAGGUCGAGCAGGCCAUAUGCAUCAUGCCGCCUCGACCAGGAACAGCUGUGAUGAACUAUCAGGAGCUUUACAUUCCAAGAAACCAGCUUACCGACAUAUAUUACCCCAUUCAGGAGGCGCAGCGCUGGCUCACAUUGAUGGACAAGAUGGGGAAGCCACAUCGAUUUCCGCUGCCCACGAUUCUGCCAAAAGUGAUCCAGACUCGCUACGUGCCAAAGCGACAUCUUCCCAAGGAUGUCGAAGUGGACCGCAGGCGUCGACAGUACCAGAAAAUCAACCUGGUGGAGGAGCUAGAUAAAGCGGGACUCACUGACGACGUACUUCAGCCUACAGAGGAGCAGUACAAUGUAAUGUCCGAAUUUGCCUUUCCGCACAAGUUUCCCCUUAGCUACUUUGACGACAGCAACUUUGACAUAAACUCCCCGGCGGCUUGGUUUGACCUUGGAGUGGUCGGCGAUACUCACUACCCGCUUCCGGCAAAGGCAUACCUCCCAUAUAACCAGAGCCUCCUUAAUUGUCAGUGGGGCAUGGCAGCUGUUACUGCGCAUCACGAGGACUCUGACCUCUGGACGCUUCUGUCGUUGGAGGACGGAUGCACCUACACGGUGCCCAAGCUUCAAUUCAUGUUCAUGGCCGAAGACCCUCAUAAGUACAUAAAGCGGCUUCAGGCCGCCGUUCAUGAGCGGCACAAGGGUGAGCAGCUGAUGUUGAUGGAGCUUAUUGUGGACUGUGUCCUUCAUGAGGACAUUGAGUCCACUGUGUUCUACAGCUUCAAGCCCAUCGAAGCGGUGCUUUUGGGGGCCAAGGUUUCUGAGCAGUGCAAGCGGCGAUUGCGUUCGGAAGUUAACUUGGUGUUUGAGCGUCUGAUGGCUCUCUACGAAUUGGAGCAGUUUAUUCUGAAGAUGCCCAAGGAGUUCCCCCAGUUUCGGAACAUCAACCUUAAGGAGUUUCUGCCGCGCUCUUUUGCCGUCGAUGUCUCAGGGAAGGAGCGCGGGGAACUGCAGGCCCUUGGCAUCACCAUGAAGGAGAAGCGCUAUGACUAUUUGAAAGCGAGCCUCUUCUACUGCGGAGGUGGCAUCGAGGCUAUGGCCGGAGUGGCCAUUGAGUGUCAGUAUAUCGAGACGCUUUCGAUCUUCGUCUGCAGCUUCAGCAAGCCAUUGGCGCUGGUAGACUUUCUUCAGGCCCAAGAGGCGCACAGCGACAACGUGGCUACGUUUCUCAAGGUCUAUUGGCCCCAACAGCUUACAACGGUCAUCACUGUAGUACUUCGAGCCCUAGGUAAGGGUUGGUUAGACAUCUCCCUAAACACCUGGACAGUCUAUCUCAUGUGCAAAAUUUCGCGGUUUAUACUACAGGUCAAGUUCCGCAUGCAAGAGUCAAUGGAGGUGCUGCUGGAGACGUCUCUGCAUAACUUCUCACACUUCGUUUGCGAUCCGUGCCUACAGUUUCUCCAACUGAAGUCCAACUACAAAUGGACCAACAACUACAUUGACACUGAAUUUCCCUUUCAUAAGCCUGUGUUCGCCAUGACCCUUGGAAUUAGCGAAGAUCGCAAGGUCUUUUACUCCACUGAUCCAGAUGAAUUUCAGCCGAGCCUGGUAGAGAUUUUUAAGAAGUGUCUGGAAAAAACCGCUGGAGUUAGAUGCAUAGAUGCCGCUGUCAUGAGUUUUCUAAAAUUCGCCCCUAACCUGUACAUCCUGACGGUGGAGCUUAUCGAGGAGAGCUUCCUGAGGGAGAAUGAGCUUUUGAAGAACUGCUAUGGCAAGGCAGUGCUGCCUCUCAAAGCCUACGCCCGACUCUACGAAAGGUUUAUUGAUUUCUACCUCUUGAAUAUCAACACCUACAUGCAGGCCUAUGCUCAGGCCCACAAACCGUCCUCCGAGGUCAAGCGAGACAUCCUCGAGCACAAACGGCUGAAGGAGGAGGUCCGCGAAAUUUUGCCUGGUUUUAUCACGAUCGGGCCAUUCUAUAUUAACGUGGACAUAUUAAAACAGUUUAUGAUUAAGAAACGCAUCGAUAUCGUUAGGCGGAUCUUUGAGUAUUAUGUUGACCGAAUGUAUGAGUCGAAUGAAGCUCUAUUGGAUCGCUGCCUGGAGAUGUUCCGCAGAAUCGCCGAGCGACCUAUCAGCAUUGAGCACCUCUACGAAAUUCGCGACUUUGCAUUGACGGUCCCAGACCUGGUGGAUGAGCUAAAGGCGGAUAUACAGGUCAUGUGGUUAGAAUAUGACCUACUAGACAGCUUCUUUUACAACCUGAGUGACCAUCAGUUUACCAUGAAGUGGAACGUUUACGCCUGGCCGCACCAGAUAAUGGUGAGAUUAUCGACGCUGAAAGAUGAACAGAAGGUGGAUAUUGAGGAAUUCCUGCGGCUCCACUCCAGCGAAUGCCAAGCAUUUGAGGAGCGUCUAGAGUCCCUGAACGACGAAGUGCAGGCUUACUCGCUGGCUUUUAAUCCUAACCGUGCCCAGGAAACGUCUGUGGAUAUUAAAAAGACGUGGGCGCUGAUCAAAGAACUAGAGAAAGUCAGCCAAACCCUACAAUUUCGGCAAGAACUUUUUGAGCUGGAACCACUCUCUGUCGAGUUUCUGGAGAGCAUUGUCGAGAGUUUCACCCCUUACAAGAACUUAUGGUACGGCUGUGCCAACUUCUUAAAACUCGAGGAAGCCACUUUGGGCAACCCGAUAGCUCAGCUAGACCUGGAAGAUGUGUGGAAUAAUAUGAUGAAACUCCGCGACGAAUUAACUGAAUCUAUGCAAAUAUUUAAUGAAAAAAUCGAGAUUAUGGAGGUGGCCAAGACGUUCAUUGGGAAAAUUGACGACUUUGUUCCAGUUUACAAUAGCAUAAGGGACCUUCGAAAUGAGAACUGGAUGUAUAUUCACUGGCAAGAACUUAGCCUGGUAACCGGCCAAGAAAUCAAGUACACCGUUGCGAUGAACUAUCAGUACCUCAUACGGAAGGGCAUCUUAGACUUCCUACCAGAGGUGCACCUUAUCUCUGAGAAGGCCAACAACGAGGCGGAGGAAAUCUUACGCGCGAUGGAGGAGGAAGAGAGGCGGAAGCAGGCCGAGCUCGACGCUCUUUUGUUGCGCAAACAGCUGCGCAAGUGCCGCAGGGACAUACUAUAGGUUGGUUAUACUUAAUCUUCGUCGUGUACUGAAUAUUUGCAUUGUUUAACAGAUGCAUUAUAAUUGAAAAAGAAAAACUUUAUUUGGUACUGCUAUACCC